AUGAACGCCUCAAUCAACAGCUCAAGUGUCCCCUCUGUCACCACAGGGGCGAUAGCUGGCAUCGUCAUCCGAACUGCCUGUUUCCUGAUGGGCAUCGGUGGCAACAUAACAGUGAUAGUGGUCCUCAUCCGCAACUUCAAGAAGGAGAACUUCACCCUGAAACUGAUGCUGAACCUGGCGGCCUCGGACAUUGUGUGCUUGUCCAUGUUGCCCUUCUGGAUGUGGAACCUUCUCUCUGGCUGGACUGCGGAUAUCCAUCUGUGUCGUCUGCUAAGCUUUGUCACGUACACGGCGAUCCAUGCCAGCGUGCUCAUUGUGACUCUAAUGAGCGUUCAGAGGUACGUGGUUGUCCUGUAUCGUCAGCAGUGGUCCAGACUCGGGAGACGAGGGGAGUUUGGGGUCUUGGUGACCGUGUGGGUGCUAGCUGGGAUGGUCUCCAUCGCACCUACAGUGACCUACAACAUCAUCACAGUGGAAGGAUCAGCCAAGAAAUGUGAGCAGGUCUUCUGGUCUGAAGAGCAGAAGCUGGCAGUUGUCUUGUUUGAAUCGAUGGCUGUUUUUCUCUUCCCUUUCAGCACACUUCUCGUUUCUUACCUGUGCCUCCACAAAAAAGUCAGUACCAAAGCCCUGAUGUCCAAUCAGAGGUUGGCAAAGCUGGUGACCUGUAUCGUUGUGACUUUUAUCAUCUUCUGGACACCAUAUCACAUCGUCAACGUGAUGAUAAUGACUUCUCCCUCAAAGCCAGUCCAGGCAUGGCUCCGAGUUGCCUACCGGCCUGCCAGACAAGUCACCCAAGGAAUUAUCUAUCUCAACAGCUGUGUGAAUCCUCUGUUGUAUGCUUUCAACUACCGCAGCCUCAGGGCUCCAAAGCCAGUGAGUGAGGUCAACACCAAAGAGACCUCCAAUGACACCUGUUGA